AUGAGCGACGGCUCCGGGGAGCCUGCCGUGGAGGCCCCGCCCGAGGCCGGAAGAGGGGUCCGGAUCGUGGUCGAGUACUGCAAGCCCUGUGGCUUUGAGUCCGCCUACCUGGAGCUGGCAAGCGCCGUCAAAGAAGAGUAUCCGGACGUGGAGAUUGAGUCCCGACCUGGAGGGACAGGAGCUUUUGAGAUUGAGAUAAACGGCCAGCUGGUCUUCUCCAAGCUUGAGAAUGGAGGAUUCCCUUAUGAGAAAGAUCUCAUUGAAGCCAUCCGGAGGGCUAGCAAUGGGGAGCCUCUUGAGAAGAUAACCAAGAGCCGUCCGCCGUGUGUCAUCCUUUAGCCUCACC